AUGUACAGAGGCGCCCAUAAAAAGAAAUCCUUGGGGCGUUUGCUCGACACACACACUGGGGCUUCUCUCUACAUAUUCCGGGAUUUCUUAUUCCUCUCACACAUCCCUGUCAGUCACACACACAUCCCUGUCAGUCACACACACAUCCCUGUCAGUCACACACACAUCCCUGUAAGUCACACACAUCCCUGUCAGUCACACAUCCCUGUUAGUCACACACAUCCCUGUCAGUCACACAUCCCUGUCAGUCACACACACAUCCCUGUCAGUCACACACAUCCCUGUCAGUCACACACACAUCCCUGUCAGUCACACACACAUCCAUGUCAGUCACACACACAUCCCUGUCAGUCACACACACAUCCCUGUCAGUCACACACACAUCCCUGCCAGUCACACAUCCCU